AAACGAUGCUCAAAAGCUGACUCCAGAGUGCCUCAGUAGCCUCCAAGAACACUCUGAGUGUAGGGAGAGCAGCAAAGGCAAAGCAGACAUGAGGAAGCUACUGACACCAAUGAUCUUGACUCUGGCCCUGGCAGUGCACUGCUGCUGUGAGAAAGAUCCCAAAGAGCCCUCAGGAUCUCCCAGUGCUGCCAGCAUCACAGUUAAAAAGGAAGUUGCCAAUGCCUUUGUGAAGAGGCAGAAGAGAUUCGACAUGUAUGAAUGGUACUCCGAGUAUUACAAAAGCCCAAUGGAGCAGAUGCGUGAGCGUUGUGAAAGCUACCCUCCCUGUGACUAUCUGUCUGACCAAAUAGGAUUUCCCAUGGCCUACAACCGUUUCUUUGGGAGAUACUAAGGCUGGGAUUAUUAUUUUGAUCAUCUGACCAUUCUGAAAACCCCCAGCAGAAAGAAUCUGGUGUAUAAGAAGAAGGGAAGAAGAACAUCUGCACCAAGACCAUCUUCCAUUGUCUCCCUCGCCAGCUGAAACACAAAGGCUAUUCCACUUGUCUGGAUUGCAUCAGCUUUCUUGCUCUCAUCAAAAAUGUUGAUUUUCUGUUAUCUUCAGUGGGAUUUUCAGUGCCACCAGGAAUGGUUGAGAAGACUCUGUGUUACCCGCUUCCUUUGUAAAUACUAUUACAUAGCUAGAAAUCACGUCCCAGUAUACUCUUCUUAUUAUUCUACCACAAAAUUUGCCUGUAUAAUAUCAACAUUUAAAUCCCCAGAAAUGUGUUUGAAGACCUUUUAGAUGAGCCCUUCCAUCUGUGUGCUUUCAGUUCACAUUCAGUGACUGUGAAAAAAUGAAUUGGAAAUCUCUUAUUGUUUUUAUUACAAUUGAAUUUCUGGUGAAACUGAACAAAAAAAGUCAACCUUUUCCUGAUGCUUUAGCUUUUGUGCUUGAAAUUAAACAGUCAGAUUUUCUCCCCAAAACAAACAAAGCGAUGAACUUUAUGAAAUAAAAAUAAAGCUGUUCAGUGGUGGAUUGAAGAUAGGACAGCAUUUUUUUCAUUCAGGGUGAUUUGCCUUUUUCUUUAUAGAUAUAUAUAUAAUACAUACACACAUAUCUUCUUCCCUCUGCACUACUUCAUUCUGUCUCCCUGUAUGAACCUUAUGCAUGGGCAACUUUCAGCAGUCUCCCUUGACACAGUCUAUCAAAAUGUAUCCCUGAGAGGUAGAUGGCAAAUCCCUCUCCAACAGUAGACGCUGCUGGGCCUCAAGGAACUGAGAAACACCAAAUCUCUUUUUCGUGUAAGCUGGUGCAGCCAUUCCCAUAUGCUGAUAGCAAUAAAUACUUAUUGUGUAAUAUA